AUGCAUCUGGAAAAUAGAACAGAAAACACGCCACCAGCCGCCGAUACGGAGAAUGCGCCGCCAGUCGUCGGCAAAGAUGUUCAUCGCGAUGCAGAAAAGAAAGACUACAAGUCGCCAACAGCUACCAUAUCAGCGACGGAGUCCGAGCGCAAUCCGUGUCCGGACGAGAACGCAACGCUACGUGACACAGGUAAGGAUUCGUACUCGUCCGCUACAGACGCCAACGGCGGGACAUCGCCAGGUACGGACGGCUGCAACGUAUCAGGCACAGCCGCCGAGACGCGUUGCGACGAGAAGGAGAUGGCAGCGUCGCAAAACCCCAUCGCGAAGACGGAAAACGGCAGCAGCGUCGCCGUGACUACGGGCGUCGCCGAGGCUGACGGGAGCCACGGUGCGUCGCGCGCUCAAGCCGAACAGACAAUCCACGCUACGAACGGCUCGCGGAUGCUCGCUCGUGACGCCGAGUCGCCACGCGCCACCUACACGCCGACAAGGGACGAGCUGAUCAGUCUUUACCAGCUGGUGAGGGCCAAGCAUCAGACACCACCGCAGCAGCAGCAGCAGCAGCAGGCCCGCAAGCGCGGUCCGCUCGACGUCUCGACACAGGCUAAGCGGAUGCGAGUCGUCGCUCCUCCGGCGCAGCGCGAGAUCGAGGAGGGCGAGAUCGUCUACCCGCGCAACACGACGUCUGGCGCGGCGGGAUUCCACGCGGCGUACGGGCGGGCGGCGAGCGAGGAGACGGCGACGGCCCGCGCCGUGCAGCAGCCGCCUGCCCGCGUGUCGUAUCCCGAGCCGCAGAGAAGCCAGCGUCCGCAGUUGUACGCGCGCGGCGAGUCGGCGCAGCACGACGGCGCCCUGGAUCUAACGCUGCGACAGCCGACCUUCCAGCCGACAAGCGUCGCGAACAUGGCGCCGUGCGUCACUCCCGGUCGCACCGCCCCGAGCGCUCCCGUCAGCAGCGCGAUGCCGACCGAUGCCGACCUUACCUACGCGCACCGUAUUCACAGCACACCUGUGUUCACCCCGGAAGGCUGCCUGCCCGACCAGCUAGCGGAAGCAGCCAACGAAGUGGGAAAGGCUAAGCGUAAGCGCGUGUACCGGCGCGGUUCACUCACCGGCUACAGCAAGGGACCGAGCGCGUUCAACCUCUUCUGUAAGGAGCACCAGGAGCAUUCGCCGACGGGCGUUAUCAGCAACAUUAAGGAGGUCAGCAACCUGUGGGGUCAGCUGACAAUCGAGGACAAGGCCUCGUACAAGCAGCGGGCGCAGGAGUUGCGCGCCAAUCAAGACCCUGCCGACAUGCCGGCGAAGAACCGACACAAGUUCAUCACAAAACAGCUUAAGGCGAUCACAUCCAUCUGCACGACGCUAUGUGGCAUCGGCAUCGACAUCGCCGCCAUUGGAAUCGACACGCAGACCGGCGCGCCGGUCGUCUGCGGCGCUGGCGAUAGUCUGACGCAGCGCUUCGUCAUCCACGAAUCCAUCCAGACGCAAUUCAUGCGCUACAUCGGCAGUGGGUAUCAACUCUCGGCAGGUAAGCCGCGCAGCAGGGAGGCCAGUCUACCGAAGGGAGAGACCGGACCGGCGAAUCUACGGGAGAAGGUCAGAGACCUGUUCAACCUGAAAUACAGCCAGGCGAUCGGCCGCAAGACGUCGCUGUCCUACAAGAAGAUCACCGAGGGCAGCGUGCUCAUGUACGGACUGCCGGAGGGAAUCGAACUGAAGAAUCCCGCCAGCUACGGACGCCAGAAGCUGAUAAAGAUACUCGAAUAUGCCGAUCAGCUUCGCAUCGUUGUCACGCGCGGAGCGAGUCCCGAUUCUUUACCUGCCAUGACGGAACCGGAAACAGAGGAGCAGACAGAAGCCGAAGCAAUUCCCCCCGCAGCAGCCAUUCUGGCAUGACUGCCUCAGCUAUAGCGGUAUCAUUUUUCAUAUUUUCGCCAGACGAGUGCUAAUAUAAUAAUCGAUACGCGCUUAAAUGCCGCUAGCUAACGUAUUGUUUCUAUUGUAGUGAACGCGGCAAGCCUAAGCUGAGCAUGAUGUAUAUUGUGUUAAAUAUUUUGCAUAUAUUAAAUGUACGUUUUGCAUGUCAUUAUUCUAAUAAAAACAUAAUGCCGAAACAAUGACGCAGGACGUAUUCUGUCAGGAUAUUAUUAUUAAGAUAACGUUUGAAUGGUCAUCAAUUAUGUAUGUUAUUAACAAAUAGAAAACAUUGAUAGGACGAUAUUCUGAUGUUUUAGAACCACAACAAAAGAUUUAUUAUCUGCUACGUUAGUUGCUGUAAGUUUAAAUAAUAAUUUAACAUAAUUUUUGACGUGUUCGCAGGCUUAUGUGUGCCGCCGUACAUAUUUGAGUGAUAAUAGCGCGUGCGUGUUUAUUUUUUUAUUUCGGUUUGCGUAAUAAAUGAUGGCUGAAAUCUUGUUAGCGACUUUAAGCAUAUAUGUAAUGUACAUAUGUCCGCAUCGAAUUUUACACCAGCACGAAGCGUGUUCGAACAACGCCUGAAUAAACCCUACAUAAAAGGUGUUCGAAAAUUGCGUCAUUUCGCAGCAGUGAAUUGUCGGCGCUGGAAAAUUGAAUUGAAAAUUGCUAAUUGACUGUGCGGCCGAAGCUGCUGGGCUCGUUAGAUCUAACGCCGAAUCGCGAGAUUCCGUGUUGCGUCCACGCUUGAAAUACGAUACUCACACAUAUCGCUCUCUCAAUUCAUUUUAUAAUUAUCCAAGUGAAGUAGCUCUAAAAUAUUCGAGCCAAUCUCACAUACGCGCGAUGUGCUAUGGCGAUCUAAAUUUUAUUCAUUGUAUGGAACUCUGACAUGAUCUCGGCUUUCCACCCUACAAAAUUCAAUGUAUUAUUAUUCUCACGGGGCCAAGUUUGUACUCAUUAUAAGUCCUGUAGACAUCAAUCAAAGUAUGUAAAUAGCAAUCAACUGCUCGGUAUUGGCAGCAUUUAGGUUUGAUAAUCAUGCUUAGAAACUAGGUCACAACAUACCUGUCGCCUCCCCACUCGCAUGUUAAUUAUUAAUGGUAUACGGUUUUUAAUUUGACUACGUCGUGGUUUAUGUGUGGCGUGAUUAUGCCGACAUUAUACUCAAAAGCAAAUAUAUUUGCAUCGGUGUUGCUUCUA